GGAAUAACUUAAAUUUAAGCGGAGCUACUAAGUACGAAACUUUCAAUUCCGGAACGUACGAAAAACGUGGUCAAGAGGACAAUCACAAGGAACAGCCAGGAACGAAACAGAUAAAAAUAGAAGAUUUCUUUCCCAUUCGUGCUGUCACUCCAUCCACUGAUAUGAAUAAUGACUAUACAGACCAUGAUGGCGAAACAUCAGUCCCAUUAAAUCUAACCUAUAUUGGAGGUGAAGAAGAAUCUACAUCACCACUCUCAAAGUCUAGAAUUCCACAAAAUGUUUUAGUUCCCUUUACAAAUCCCUACCAAAAACAAGUCACGAGGUCCAUUGAUGUUGGAUGGAAAAUGAUAGGGCUUGACCAGUCCGAGCUAGACUUUUUUGAUAAUAUGGAGGACUUAGAAGUUCAGCAAACAUUGCAUAUACUAAAUGCCUAUCUAACAAUAUUAAAGUCAUAUCUUGAACAUCUUAAACUACCACUUAAUGAGGGAAAACUUAUGAUCUGCUUUGAAAGAUGCAGAGAAGGUCAAGAUCCUAACAAUAAGCGUGCACGUACUGGGCAAAAGACCGAUAUUAUAAUCGAUUUACCAACAGGACCAGCUUUAGAAGGUUUCAUUUGCGAAGUCUCGGGAGGACUUCCAGCAGAUUAUAUGAAAGUUGUUGUAUUCGGAUGCCAAGUGAUUGGUAAAUGGUCUUAUUUAAAGAGUCUGCAGAUGAAUCUAUAUGCAAUGAAUGUUCGGACUCCAGAAAUUUAUCGUUUUGGAAUAGUCGACAAGGUUUCUUUGCCUGCUUCAGCAAAAGAGUUACUUACAUAUGAGGCAGUGCAUGUGAUGCUACGUUCUCUAGAGCACCGAUUGGGCAAUCUAACAGAUUAUUGUACAGAUCUUAAAGUCAAACAUGCAAAGUUGAGGCGAAAACAUGAUUACAUAUAUCAAGAAGACAGACUGGCAUUUUCAAAUAACACUCCGAAUUCAUCUCCCAAAAACAAACUUCCCAUAAGCAUGGUGUUUGUAACUAGCUUGGGUCACUUUGUGGCUAGCAAUAAUAGUAAUAUUGAAAGAUCCCUUUGA